UUUUAAGGUGGACAUUCGCCUGAUUUCUUGAAUACAUCAUUUUUGGAUUUACAAUAAAAUAUGAAAAUGAAUUACGUGAUCAUCCAUAACUUUGAACGUAAAAAUCUGAUCCAAUAUCCAUGCAAAUUGACAAUUGUGCUGCUCUGCAUGAGUUAUGCGAUGUCAUUUGUCACUUUCUGCAAGGAGCUGUGUUGUUUUUGGUGAUUCUUGUUUACGCAUCAAAAAGGAAGUCUGGGCUCAUAGGAUUCCUGUAUCAAAUAUCACAUACUUUUAAUUCUUGGUAACUGUUACUUGAACCACCUUAUCUCACUGUGGAUAUAGGAAAUAUUUUAUUUAUCAGCAUAAGUUCAUUUUACGUGAGAACUAAAUUUGCCAAGCAGCAGCAGUCUAUAAAAUAGGUAACCUUCAUAUUAAAACUAUUUAAAUCUAGGUAAUCUAUUUUUAGUUAUGCUGAAUAGUUUGACCUGCUGUUCAGUAAGCAGUCUAGUUGAUUUUAAAUUUAUUGAUGAAGAAUAUAAGAAAGCUUGCGUGGAGGAUCGGUAAACAUGGCAGAUCCAGGGUUUCCUGGCCAACAUUCAACUACAACUACUGUCAAAACCAGUAGCACUACAGUUGAAACCUCAAUACGAUUUGAUCAGUCAUAUAUCAGGACAUUACCAGGAUUGCUCAAAAUAGCAAUGAUGCUCUUAAACAUGACAAACAGCAGAGCCCAGUGCUACCAAAUCAAAAAUGCUGAAAACAGUAGAGGCAUGUCAAAACCAUAACUGGUAACAAAUUUCAUAGGAUUCAUAUGCAUCCAAUGCAGUGGAGUAUUUUCUUACCAUACCAGAGGCUCAUUCUUCAGUUUUGUAUCUAUGACUGCAUUCUGGUUCACUGGAAUACUUCUUCUGUUAUACCUGUUCCAUGUCAUAGAAAAACUGUACAAGAUACCCUGGUUAAAAAUUGAAUUUGUUUUUGAUGCUACAUGGGUGGUGAUGUACUUGAUUGCUGCUUCUUUAGCUGUCAGCUUUGGACCUGAGGCUUACAUUGCUGCUGGGUUUUUUGGUUUCUGUGCUAUGGUGAUGUACAGCGCUGACGCCGUUCUAAAAUCUUUCGCUAUCCAAAGAGGAGAACUAGCUCAAGGCGAAAGAGUCAUCAACACUCAACGAACGACUGUCUCAAGUCCAACUUACUAAGCAUAUUCUAAAAUUAUGUUAAAAAACUAUUUAUUCUAGGGUUAUGUUGAUAUGUCACGAAAAGGUCGAUAAAGACUGAUGCUAGCACACCAAAAUUGACAUUUAGCAUGCUUUUAAAACCUUCACAAUUUUUAUCUAUUAACUCUUUCAGGGGCAAGAUAUAUUCAUAAAAAAAAGUCCUAGAGGGGCAAGAAUUUAUGUCUUUUUAUUCAACUUUAAAGCAUCAAAACAGCUAAACAAAAGUUAUAAAACUACAUAAAAAAUAAACUAGAAUAGUUAUUUUAACAAUUUUUGUGGUAAAACUGGUGGUACAGUUUAUGUACCAGCGCACAAUAACGAAACUAAAAUAUAAAUUAUUUUCUAUGAUAAUCUUGAAAGCAAGUUUUGUCUUUUCCUAGACAAAGAGGUACUUCGCACACUGAGCAAAUCCAGUCAGUCCUAACCUGCUUUUUUGAGGUGCUACACCUAGCACAUCGGCGUCUGGUGUCCCUUUUAGGUUGUUGCGCACUCUGUGAUUCUCACUUCCACAGGCACAUAUGGUUUUUGCUUUUUUAUAGCCACACCAGUAGAUGAAGAUGAUUGUCUUUUUUUUGCCACGAUGGUUUCUGCGACCAAGAAAUUAAUCACCUCUCUUCUAAAGUCCUUCAUUGACAAUUUUGGCAUGUUAAGUUCUUUAUAUAAGACAAACGAAUUUACAAGUGCUGCAUCGAGGAAAUAGAAGAAAAUGCGGUGCCACCACUUCUUUGCUUUCCGGUCAAUCUUAUAAACAUUAAGAUUUUGAUUGAAUUUGUCUACAAAGUUCAUGUUCUGAUUAUAAUAGAUCAAUGCAAUCGGACAGGGGACUUUCUCAAUGACACCAUUUUUGUUUUUCCUCUCAACUUCUGUAAAACCUGUGGGAUCAUGAAAAUUUGAUAAAAGGUGAACACUUCUUUUGUCACGCCAUUUUAUAGCUACCAAAUUAGUGUUCGAAGUUAGAAUCUGAGAUUCACCACGUUUUAAAGCUUUAUCACUUGUGAAAUUGGGAAGUAAUUUCCUAUUCGGAUUGACUGUGCCACAAGCGUGAAGGUUUUUUGCUUUCAGAUCUUCUAAGAGCUGGACGCUAUUAAAACAGUUGUCGAAGUAGACAAUGUGAUGCUUGUCUUCCAUGCCAUUGAGGAGAUAUUUUACUACUCUUGCACCUAAAGAUUUUUCUGUAUCUUCUGAUUUUCCUGUAUAUAUCUGGAACUUCUGACAAUAUCCAUUCUUGUUCGCCAGUAUCCAUACCUUAUACUCUCUCUUGAUCGGUUUUUUGGGAAGGUAUUGCUUCAGAGAACUCCUACCCUUGUAUUUAAUCAUUGAUUCGUCAAUGCUUACCUCCCUGCUUGGAUUCAUGCAACGUUCAAAAUUUUAUGUUGUUAGCAGUUAGCAAAGGCCUUAGCUUAUACAGCUUAUCGUAACCAGCUUCACCCUUUUUUGGCAUUAUUGCAUUCUCAUUCAAGUGGAUAUUGGAAAGAAGCCAACUGAAUCAUUUUACAGGCAUCAAGGAGCUUAUAUACGAGUCGCGAAAUUCCGGGGAACUACUCCAGUAAUCUCUAUAGUUGGGUGAUUUCUUCAGCCCCAUUAGUAAAUUGAUACCUAGAAAAGUUUUGAUUUCCGUGCGGUUUGUGGUUUUGGGUUUGAUAGAUGUUUGCUGACUAUACAAAUUUGUCUCAAACACAGUUAAAUCUAACAGAUCAUCGUCAAAAAACAGCUGAAAUAAUUUCCCAGGUGUGGGUGACUCUAAAUCCUUCACUAUAUUUGUGAUUCCAGAAUCGGCAACAAAAUCUUCAGGGCUUUUUGGUGAUGUACUGGUUGACCAAUCUCUGGUACUGGAUAGUACACGUAACCGUACUUGUAAAACUGCAAGUGGUUCGUCGUCUGAAUCGCUAUCGGUGUCUGCUAUAUUCAAAUCAGCAUUGGUUCUUUCUGUAAUUUCAUAUUCAUCUUCAGAUACAUCCACAAUUGAUUCAGAAUCAGAAGGUAUAGGAUCUGCGUCCAAAUUUUCGAUCUCGUGCAACAACUCAUCAUACGUCAUGCCGACUAACUUGAAAGGUAAUUCAUUCAUGGUAAUGGAUUGAUUCCACCUGCAAACAAAACGUUUAGGGGCGAUGGUACAAAUAUCGUACCACAACAAUUCGUAGGCUAUGAAAGCCAAAAAAAAAAUUAAACCGUAGUUAUUUGUCAUUUGUAUAUUCUACAGAUUGUACUGUUUGACUUAGCAUGUAAACAACAAGAAAGCUCUAUAUUUUAUUUACCUUUGUUCACCUCUGAACUUAAAAACACUAUAAUUUACGUAUGAAAACAAUUGACAUAACCUCAAACCAGCCUACAUUGAACGCCGCCGGCAGAAUACUAAGAAUGUGUUUCCCUAGCAUCAAGUAAGCGCCAAUCACCGUUGGUCGACGAUUUAGACUGCUGCCAUUAAUACAAUAUGCAUUUGAUUAAGUGGUACAUUUUUUAAGCCACUGCCCGUGUAAACGUUUUUUUUUCCGGUACACUUUUAGUACCACUUACCUUGAAAGAGUUAAUGCAUUUAAAAUCGUUCAUGGUGCUCGUUGGCUUAUCACCUAUCAAAUCGUAGGAAUUCAAUAAUUAAAACUUAUUAUCUAGCGAAGAGUCAUUUGCCUCGCUAGGCAUUGUAUCAAUCACCAGUUUUGAAUAAUAUUUUAGUUUAGUGUAGACACACUAUAUAGACAUAUAACAACGCAAUUUUAACGUGAUAAGUCAAUGAUAGCAAUACCGUACUUUACAAUUUGAGUACCAUUAAGAUGAACAUUUGAUUUUCAUUUCGUAAACCAAACUAGAUAUGUAAUUUUACUUAAAAAUUAAUUGUAAUGAAACCGAUGAAGUCCUUUCAUAUUUUAAAGGUCUUAUUUAAUUUAUUGAAGUUAUGACCAAUUUUAAAUACUGGCUUUCAGAGGAAAUAUAUUUUAUGUAUGUACCUAUAUCACAAACCUUCUAUACAAAUAUUGUACCUCAUUACUUUUUAUAAUAAAAACUUAUUUUUAUAGCACCUAUAUAUCUAGCAUAACAACAACGAAAAUUUAGUAAUUGUAUAUGUAUAUUUGUACUACUAUGGUGUCUUGUAAUUAUAAAAUAAGAUGUUAUACUAUCACUUAUCACCUCUUGUAAUUUUUAAAAGCUAGCAACACAUUCCGCACUAUUAUUGUAUCCUAAGACAGUCGUAUUUUUCAAAUGGUGUUUUGUCAUACCUUAAUUCCUUCAACAAAAACUUGAGUGUCCAUAAAGCAUCUUUAUAUCAGUGAAACACGUUUAUGAACGUAAUUAAAAAUAAGAAUAUUUCUUUUACUUUUGAAUUGAGUUAAUAUUCUAAAUUUAAAAAUGAUCUUUUAUACCAAUGGUAGGAAGCGAUAUAUAGUCAUUUCAGAGUAAAUGGUUGCCUGGAAACAUUUUUUGUAACUUUGAGAAUGUACAGAUUUACUAGUGUUUCAGGUUUGAACAUAGGAAAGUAAGUAAUUUUGUGUAAUUAUAGGACAUCUAUUUCAUCGAAUCACAUUAAACAUUCUCAUUUUACUGCCAUGUUAUUUUUAAGCUGCUUUUUGUAACAUUCUUUUUGUAGAAAUGCCCCAAUUGUACUUAUUAUUGUUUAUUUUAUGAUUAUUAUAUUGAAGCACG